UUUGAAUAGGGAAGUUUUGCAGAGCGCAGUUGUUCCUCAUCCAGUCCGCUGCGUGUCUGUCAAUACGAGAGAGAGGAGGAGAAGAAGAAGAAGAAGCGAGAGAAGGACGGAAGGAAGGAGGGGGCACUGACGGAGCAACUCUGCCGCUGCUCGGUUCGCAUCGCCGGGGGACCGCUCUCACUCCCACUCCCUCCGCUGGCUCUAUUUUAUACCUGACUCUGACACUUAAAGUGCAGCUUACUCAAGGCGUUUUGUUUUUCAACAAGAAAAAGGGGGAAACACUCAAAAAGAAAAGAUGGAUGUUCUACCCAUGUGCAGCAUCUUUCACGAACUUCAGAUAGUUCACGACACGGGCUAUUUCUCCGCCUUACCGUCACUGGAGGAGUACUGGCAGCAGACAUGUUUGGAGUUGGAGCGUUACCUGCAGAGCGAGCCCUACGUCUCCACAUCCGACCUCAAGUUCGACGGCCAGGAGGACCUCUGGAGCAAGCUGAUCUUGGCCUGCGGGGACAAGGCCAAGGCCGAGUCCGACCCAAAGCUGCCGCGGGCGCAGGAGGAGGACAAUCAGGACAGCCAAAUCUUGGACACCAACAGUGUGAAUUCAGACGCCAGCAGCGAGGCCUCGGACAGUUCUGAGGAGCUCUCGCCCACGCACAGCUUUACCUCCAACCCUCUUGGUUCCGUCUUGGUUGGCUCUGGACCUUUUAGCCCCUCCGUCAUUAGCACGCCCCCGUCCUCGCCGGAGGCCAACUCGGAGCCCAUCACGGUGACGAAUAGCUGGGUCGCCAUGCACGGCGACUUGCACUUGCCGGUCAAAAUCAGGAGCGGUGGCUCUGCAAAGGGUUCGGACAAGACAGGACUCAUGUGCGGGGACGCGUCUCCGGACGGCAGGAGGCGAGUACACAGGUGUCAGUUCAACGGGUGUCGCAAGGUUUACACGAAGAGCUCCCACCUCAAAGCACACCAGCGCACUCAUACAGGUGAGAAACCGUACAGAUGUUCAUGGGAGGGCUGCGAGUGGCGUUUUGCACGGAGCGACGAGUUGACCAGACACUUCAGGAAGCACACUGGGGCAAAGCCAUUUAAAUGCAGUCACUGUGACAGAUGUUUCUCCAGGUCAGACCAUCUGGCUCUUCACAUGAAGAGGCACAUCUAGAGAACAGGGCGAGCGCCGAGUGAGCGUCGCAGCGAAGGGGUGGACGUUUUUUUUUUUUUUU